CUCACUCGUUUUUCCUCUCUCUCUUUUCUCUUUCUCUUUCUCUUUCUCUUUCUUUCUCUUUCUUUCCAUCCAUCUGUGUUUUUCUCUCUGCAGAAUUCCCCCAAUUUCUCUCCCACCCUAUCUCCUCUGCUUCUGAAAGUGGCGCAUUCGCAAGGAGCAAUGCGAGAUCUUCCGUAGGAGUGGUGUAUUGAUGCAUGAUUGGAUGAAUUAAACAGUGAGUAAAGUGGAAAUGCUAGAGGCAAUGGAGAGUUCGGUCAAUGGAGGCUUCUCUCAUUUGCAGAGCUGUGGAGACAGUAGCGAAGAGGAGUUAUCAGUGCUUCCUCGCCACACCAAAGUGGUUGUAACUGGAAACAACCGCACCAAAUCGGUCCUCGUUGGUCUUCAAGGUGUUGUUAAGAAAGCCGUUGGCCUUGGCGGAUGGCAUUGGCUGGUUCUUACAAAUGGUAUUGAAGUGAAGCUCCAGAGGAAUGCUCUUAGUGUGAUUGAGGCACCCACUGGUAACGAGGAGGACGAUGACCUUGAAUUUGAAAAUAUGCAGUGGAAUGGAUCAGAUAUGGCAUCGGACGACACACAGAAAUCCCACAAAUCGAGGCAUAGAAUGCAUAGAGCAUUGGGAUCAUCUCACAAGACCAUGAGUAGGUCCUUCUCUGGCGAUUCACAGUCGAAGGGGUCCGUUUCUAUGCCUCAUGGGUCCACGAUGGUCGAUUUGAGCAAACUUGAAAUGGCUGCACUGUGGAGAUAUUGGCGACAUUUUAAUCUAGUGGAUGCGGUCCCAAACCCAUCAAAAGAGCAGCUAGUAGACGUUGUUCAAAGGCAUUUCAUGUCGCAGCAAAUGGACGAGUUGCAGGUCAUCAUGGGAUUUGUUCAAGCUGCGAAGAGGCUUAAGACUGUGUGCAAAUGAGAUGUAAUGAUGCGAGAAAUGACAUUUGAUAAGUUAUAUUGUCUAUGCUAACAAAGAUAAUGUAUGUAAUGUCCACUUCCCUUCGUAUUAUGUAACUAUCUGUGAUUCGUAACUUUCUGAUAUAGUAGUAGGUUAGUAUUUUGAGGUUAUAGAGGUUCUUCACUCUUUCGUUAGCCACCCAGUUAUGUAGAUAUGUAUGUGACCUUGCAACUGGAUCGUUAGGGAAGUCUCGAUGGCUUUCUUUUCAACUUGAUUCAAUGUAUUGCUGACCUGGGAAGUGGGUUUUCAGAGACCUUAAUGUAUAUAUAUUUAGUUUCUUUAAACUUUGAUUCAUCUUUGAUGAA